AUGCUAUCAAUACGCACUGUCGAUUCUACUGGAGAUAUGGUGCUCGUUGUGCCGUACGACCUUGAGACAGAUGUAUCUGACGAGCCAUCCGAGCCUCCAGACGCAGAGCCUUUUUCCAAGACUGACCCAAAUGAUGACCCUUCAAAGCCUGAGACGAGAGACAUACUGGUCUCCUCCAAGAUCCUUUCAACUGCAUCACCCGUUUUCCAAGUCAUGCUGGAUGGGAGGUUUCGCGAGGGCGUUCAGUUGUCAGACGCGAAAACGUCGCCCGACAAGGAACCAUUUCGGCUUUCGCUUCCCGACGACGACUUUGCAGCAAUGUUGCUUCUUUGCAAAGUGCUGCAUUUCAAAGUCAGCGAUAUCGCCGCCCGACCCAACUCCGACUUGCUCUUGGCCUUGGCCAGCGUUUGUGACAAGUACCAGUGCACUCAGACACUCAAAUACUGCGGCGCCUUGUGGGUUAGAAACUGGCUCCUUUACCUAGACCUUCUAAGCCAACCGCCAAUCGAGGACAUUUGUCGCCUCCUGAUCUUUUCAUACGUGGCAGAUUUGCCGUAUGAGUUUUGCGAGGUGGCAUGGAGGCUGCUUCUUCAUCACAAAGGACCUCUUGCGGGAGAGCAGACCCAGGCGGUCCAGCUGAUCGAUCAUCCUCUUCUGUACCAAGAUGUCGGAAGUUACUUGGACCGGAAGCGAUUUCGAUUCUGCGAGGCUUUUCAUCGCGCGAUAACGGGGCCGUGGACGACAUGGAAAUGGGUAAGUCUAAGUUCGGGAUGCUACCGGGCAAGAGACGUCAUUGGAAGAUAUACCGAAGCCCUCAGGAAAUCGGGUAUUGUGCCUUACGAGGUAGACCUGAGGGAUCAUCGACUCGGAUUCCUACUCAGGGCUUCGUCUGGGUUGCCGUAUCUCGCUGUGAAGGACUGCACAAAUCGGUACAAUUGCGAUUGUUCGGGAGACAAAAAAGAAAGCUUGACAAAGAAUUUGAAUGUACUGUCCAUGAAUAUUCCCAAGCAGAAAGGAUGGUUUGGAUGCUUGGACUGUCUUAAGAGGGGAGAGAUGUCGAGCAAGGACAGGGAAUGCCGGCUAGAGCAUGGGGACAUUUCUAGUCUCUCGCCUUAG